AUGGAGGUGACGGUGAGUGCCCAGCUGCAGGAGCCAUGCUUUGCCUUCGCCCUGAAUUUGGAGGACAGCGGAAGCUUGGACACCGGCAAGACCGUUCGAAUUAGUGAGGAGCUCGAUGAGCAUGUGGAGCCGUAUCCCAGCAACGAGAGCGAUGGGCGAAACGAGGUGUUCUCCCGCCCCUUGAGCUACCGCAGCGAUUAUCGCAGCGAACAGAGUUCUGCAUCCUCCCAGUCCCCCAUGGUGAAAAUCAGAUCCUUUCAGCCAAUGCAAAAGCCGGCAGCCAGAAAUCCAACCCUUCUGGGUGGCCGACCCAACCUGAUCAAUGUUAAUAAGAAGCCAGGCCAAAAGCAAGCCUCGAGCUCAACCCAAUCUGCUCCCAUGUUGCCGGUGUUGCAGUCACCGUUGAAUACAUCAUUCUACACCAAAUCUUCUUCGCAUCGAGGUAGUGAUUCCAUGCAAACUGCUUCAUCCUUUGGUUCUAGUAGGGUUGGAAGUCGCCCGCCUUUGGGCGGGGCUUGGAGGGAACAAGAACGAGGUGGUGAGUUGAGGUCAAACAUUGAUGAAGGGAAGGAGUUUAUCCAGGGAUGCAUUCCCAACUGGAGCUCGGAGAACAACAUCCGCUCCAGUGCGGCUGUUGAGCACAAGCUGACCUGGGCAUAUUAUCACAUGCGUGGAAUGCGGACCUCCUUGGGGCAAACUGAGCAGACGACCAGCAGCAAGAAAAAUGGUCAGUUCAAUUUCUGGAGAGAUCUUCGGCCGCCCUUCCGAGUGAAGCGGAUCCAGAGAGAAGUGGAUGAUGGCCAUGCUGAUGGGCCGCUCUUCAACAUCACCUACUGCUGCCCUUUGGACUAUGUCACUGAACGGAAGUGGGGCCAUCGCACAGCUGAGGGCAGCUUUGAGAACCUGGUGCAUGGUGUAGCUGAGGUCCGAAUCCCCAAGGACUUCCCCCAGAUCUCCAAGCACGUCAUUGUGCUGAGCUGGGGCAAACCAGAGAUCAAGUUUGGCUCCAAGCCCAAACUGGAUGACAAGGAAGCCCAGGCGGUGACCGUUGAUCCCAAGAAGUGGAGUCCAAUCGCUGCGGAAUUCCACAUGAGGUCGAACUGCACUCGCCUGGCCAAAAUCCGCGAGUCCCUCCAUGAGACAAACCUAAAAAUGGCUGUACAGGGCAAUCAGAUGAAGCAAAUGAGGCCAUGGCAGAAGGCCCUGCUGAAGCCUUCGGCGACUCUGUCGGACUUCGUCAAGGCAGAGAAAGAGAUGCAAGAGGCCAAAGAUGCAGAGGGCAUCGAGUCACCUAAAAGAGAAUUGAGGAUGCGAACAGUCACCGAGCAGCACUUGGAAUUGCCACAAUUUCAUUCAAUUUCGCCUGUGUUGGCUUUGUCGACAUCCAUGGCUGAGCCUGCUGUAUCGCAUGAGUCGGCGAACCGCAAAUGCGGUGCAACUCCACGUGACUCACGUGACUCACGUGACGUGACUCACAACGUGUCGCUACAUGACCCUGCAAGUUCCACCAAAAUGGUGGGCUUGCGACAUGCGUCCUUCAGCCACGCCCGGGUUGGAGUGUGGCAAAUGUCUCACCCGCGGCCGCAAGGCUGGAAAAUAGCACACUUCAUGCGCUUGGCCAAGGGUGACAGAGGUAUGCCUGGGCAAGAGCACAGAACCGGGGGAACGACUCAUAGUGCAAUAGUGCAAGAACUCAAGUGUUAUCCAAGUGUUACCCAAGAAUUGAUUUCUGCCAUGCCCUCUCCUUUGUGGCGCUUUGGCAUGGUGGCCCUGGUUUCAGCGAUUCAGAACGAGUCCAACGAAUCGGACCCCAACUCUGACUUCUACGAAACCAACUGGACCCUUCCCAUGCUAUCACCAUGUGGUGCACAGCGGCCACCUGAAACCUAUGAGCCUGCACGGGCUCAUGAUCCAGGUCCUGCUUCCUUAGGUCACCGGUCCGCCGCCCAGGGCGAGUGGCUCAGCGGCCGCAGCCCCGAGCGUCGGCGCUUCGAGCAGCUGGGCGCCGCGGGGCCGCCGACGCCGCAGAGUCGGCAGCUGGCCGCGUCGCUGUCGCAACACCUGGGUUGUGGCAUCUGCCAACAGUUACUGAAUAGUCUUUGGGAAGAUUUGCGCCGGCCCACAGCCACAAAUCUGCGGUCCAAGAUCUCUGAAGGCUGUCCGCGUUUGGUGAAGGAACAUCUCCUGCGUCAGGGCUGGACUGCUUUCAGCGGUGCUCCCUGUGAUGGAGGGGGCAAGAUAGCAGCAGAUGGUGCGGCUUGGUGUUUCAUUCAGGAUACCAUGUCGGAAGUGAUUCGUCGGCCCGAAAUGGCUGAACAUUAUGACCCUGCAGCUGAUUCGCUGAUGCGUGCCUGUGAAGACACGAUUGCUUUCCAUAUGGAGAGGGUCAUCAUCUAUUUAACUAAUUUUCACAAUGGAGCCCCUGCAAAAAUGAGGAAUGAAGCACUCAUGAGAAGUGUUUGCGUGGAGGCGGCGUGCUGCGAGUAAAACUCCAGUGCUUUUGACGCUCUCGAUAAUGUCGCGCAGCGGUGGCGCGUGAGGUAACACAGUCGCACACGCUGCUGGUGCCUUGGGGUGCUUGAUCCCAGCAUUUCACGCUGUGGCACCUGCAUCUUGCAAGGUCUCUGCGGCGUUCUUUGUUAACCCAUGUUGGAGGUCGCAGCCAUGGUUUCACCAGCAGCCGGAAAAAAU